AUGCUCUUUGAAAUUGGCUCUGUUAUUUGCGCGGCUAUCUCACUUGGUGCGACGCCAACUUCCAGUGGGGAUUCCCUUGAGCUGCGAAGUAUACAUCUUUCUUUCGAAAACUCCGUUAUACGGCACCUCGACUGCCGAAUUCAAACACCCCCAAGAAACCAUGAAUCUGUGAAAGAGAGCAUUAGCAAAUUGAUAGCAGCUAUGAAAGGCAUCCACUGCUCUCUUCUGCAAAUGAUAUCGGUCCUUUGGCCCAUGUUUAUUGUUGGCUGGGAAACCUAUGAUACCAAUGAACGUGAGUUCAGCCAUAACCGGAUAGGCGACAUGCAAAUUCAUGGGAUGGGGAAGUUCACAAGAGCACGAGAGCUUUGGAGUAAGUUUUGGGCAUCGACAACAUCAUUAUAG